CGAACAGUCAGUUCAAGCAUGCCUUCCGUGAGUAUCACACGUCGCAGCAAGCGUUGCUCCAUUGUGUAACGCGCGUCGAUUUUCAAUUGUUUGUUCAGUGCCAAUCUUGGAUAAUACUUUCUAUUGUGUGUUGUGUUCAGUGAAUGGGAUUACGAGCUGUGCGCGAUGUUGACCUCUCCGAAUCAGUACCUUAGACCGGAAUAUCUGACACCGCUUCCGACCACGCUGGACGCCAAGAAGAGUCCAUUGGCGUUACUGGCACAGACGUGCAGUCAGAUAGGCGCUGACGCGCCGAAUGCCAAAUUGCUUCAAAGCUCUGAAAAGUCUAGUAAGUCCAACAAAGUAGAAGGGUCGAAAGAGAAGAAUGACACUUCGCACAAGUCGAGCUUCAAGUUGGAAAACCAUUCGUCAAGGGAGAAGUCCAAGACACCGGAAGAAAGAUCAGCUAGCUCAGCUUCGAACGGAACAGCUAGCGCUAGAACACCGGUCAACUCUAAGCCCAUGUCGAAUGGUAGAUGUUCUAGCACCCACAGUAGUUCAUCUCCAAGAGCGUCUCCAGCUACUAAUAUGGAACGGAAGACCCCAUCGUCUUCUGAAGCUACUUCCGAAAGGACUAGUUCACCCGAAAAGGCUAAUGAGAGAACCACACCGCACACGCCCUCAUCGUCUGCUUCUAAGACAGCCUUCACCCCGAACAUUUUGACGUCAUCUUCAGAUCCUGCUAUCAAAGAUCUGCCUCUAGGAACAUUCAAACCAGGUGUACCACCUACCACGUCUCCAUUCCUUGGUGCAUAUCCGACACCGGCCUUUCCUCUAUCUAUGGAUCUGAUGGCUAGCGGACUGAUGAGUCAGCACCAUGCACUGAAGGCUGGAGGACUCCCACCUUACCUUAGUUACGGCAGGAUGAAGCAGGACUCGUUAGGAGCCGUGUGUCGUGAUCCAUAUUGCACGGGUUGCAGUUUGAGCUCUCAUCUGAAUACAGUGAAGUGUCCAGCGGGAUGUACACAGUGUGACCACGCGAAAACUACCCAGGCGAGCUACAUGAGUCACAGUCCAGCUGCUGCCGCGUACGCGCAUGCGCAAUUGGCAGCCCUAGCAGCGGCCUCACACCUUCCUUAUGUGUGCAAUUGGAUAUCUGGUGAUGCAGCGUAUUGUGGAAAGCGGUUUUCCAGUUCGGAGGAACUUCUUACUCAUCUAAGGACUCAUACUAGCGGGACAGUGUCAGAAGCCAGUUCAGCGUUGUCGAUGCUGGGCCAAUCUGCAUUGCCCCCAACGCACCCGUUGCUUCAUAGGACGUACCCCACACCGCCGCUAAGCCCUCUAGCGACGGCUAGGUACCAUCCGUAUAGCAAACCGUCCUUACUUCAUCCGUCUUUGGGUUCCUCUUCGUUAUCUGGGUUCCCUCUGGGGCAUCCAGGGCUCUCACCUUACUUAUCGCCUUAUUCGCUGUACGGGCCUCGGCUAGGCACGACGCCUGGGAUGCACCCUUAAGGGUUCUCCCACCACCAAGCCAAAAACUAAGAAGAAGCUGUGUUACUAAGAUAUAGACUGUACCUAGUCUCACAAGAUUACCGUGUAGACUGUCUCGAGCAAUGUGUAUAUCAGCAGUGGUGUAUUUUUGUGUGGACGUGAAGUGUGAUAUUAUUUUUAAUACUAAAAAUGUGCCGCGUGCCCACUCCAAAGUACCGUGAUGAUAGUAUUGUUAUAUCAUACCAGGAAAACAAGAUUAUGUUAUAUACUCGGAUAUCGUGCAAGAAGAAAACAGAAAAAUGCAUCGCACGCCUAUGCUAACACAGUCGGCGCGCAGGUAUCCUGCCAUGUUCAAAGAGAUGCCGCGUUAGCAUAGGCGUGCGGCGUGUUCUGCUGUUCUUCCUUUACCGUAUAAUCGAAUACCAAAAUCGAAAAGUAUAGCGUAACGUACUGUACGUCGACUACCAUCGCGGGAUGGCUUAGUAGGAGAAGAUCAGCGUACACCACGUUAACUGUGACGUACGGUGACUUAUGGUAUUCUCCCCCAUCUUGAUGCUUGACUAUAGUAUGUACAAUUGAAUUUUUUGUAAUAUCCGUGGGCUCAUAUCAGUAAUUUUCAGAGCUGUUCACGGAUUUGUAUUGAGACAUCGAGAUUCGAAUAUUGUCCCGUUAUGUAGGAGUGGGUGUGCGGCGCAUUUACUGGCACUUUGUUUCCGCUAUGUACAUAAUUUAUUGUAAAUUAUAUAUAGCACUGAUCGAAUCAGUAAGGAGUGGACCGUCUACACUCAUAGUGUACACUUAUGUACAGAUCUCAGUUAAAAUGUUAAACUAAUUAUAUAUAUUGACAUUUUCAUGGAGACACGUAUUUUUUCAAGUUAUCUUGUAUGCUCUCUCGAUUACAUUACAGUUAAAAAAUGAUAGACUUAUAAGCGCAAUCAGCUCAUCGGUAGCCAGAACCAAAAUACAGCUAUAGAUUGAAUGAUGAAAUCUAUGUACCAGCAGUUGUAAACGAUGUAUUUCUUUCAUUAAUGGGCCUUAUUGUACAAAGUAUAUUAACACUAAUGAAACGUUAUCGUCUUAUGAGAAGAGCUUCUGACAAAUCACUGAAUGCUAUCACUAAUUACAUCUGUGUUGUUAAUAUAAUUAAUGAUUGGAAAGUUCCUCCUUACCUCUCUCUAUUUUAUUUAGUGAUCAAGUGAUUUAAUAUUACAGGAAUUUCUUCAAAAGUGUGUCUAUAUUCGUGAGAUGGGAUUAGUCUGUUGCAAUCUUUGAAAACAAUUAAGCUUCCGUGACAGAUGUAUCCAUACGUACAUCCGUAGUUCUAUCAUGACUAGUUUAUUUUUCAAUAUAUAUAAACAAGUAAUUUACUUGGCAUGUAAAAGGUGAAGGCUUAUCAGAGAAAACACAUUGUAUGGGAGAACGCUUCAAUCCGACGAUGAUUUAUUUGGUUUUUUCAGUUUUAAAUACGUUGCCCAAAAGCCCUUUCGUUUUUCUCUUGAACAUUCAAAAAAAUCGUCCAGGCUUCUUGCUCAUAUCUCAGAAAACAAAUGAGUUAUAAUGGUAGUACGAUUGCCUAACUAGGCUCGAGGAUAGAAGCACCUGCAUUGGUCCCGAGCCUAGGCGGAACAUACACUGGUGUCAGAUCUGAAUAAAUAGGUGUAUAUGGACCUGGUAAGACGGUCAGAUGAUUGCAGACAGGCCAAUAGGUCAUGCUGGCUAAUGGACGGAGAUAGAGAAUCGCCAAAUCUUUUGGUGGGGGUUCUCUUAGGCCUCUGUAGACAGUACAGUCACUUAUCACUUUUAAGGGUCCCAUAUACCCGGGGAAAAGACAGCGUUUCGUUUCCCAGGUUAUUGCCUUGUAUAUUGCAGUCUUAUGCCUGAUAUUUUCGGAGCCAUAGAGUCAAGUUGCUUACUCAACGGAAUGACCUUUAUUGGGGGAUCAGGAAGGUUUGACAAAUUAAUGAAUAAAAAUUUGUAGUGGAGGUCGGGUUGUCAUUCUUCGCCCCCACCACCACCACCACCGUCACUACUACUAUGAUAAUACGAGCUUUUCCAUAAAAAUACUACAUUUUUUUAAAUGUGCCCCUGUCUCCACUGAGCCCUUGUAUGCCAUAUGCAUUCUUAUAUUUUGAAAAUAACUAAGUUGUGAUCAAACUACGGAUGUAUGUUUAGAGGGGAUUACCCUUUAGCACUGUUGGAAUUGGAACUUAUCUCUGAACGAAUCUUUCAUUGAAAUAUACAACAAGGAUAGAACGAUCAAAGUAGAACCAGCAACAAAUCUGGCCCGCCUAGCGACUUCUCAAGCCAAUUCCAUCUUCGCCCGAAAACUCGGAAACAUUAAUCGCUGUUAAAUUGUUUGACUGCUUUCAUAAUUCACGAGAAUCGUUUUUGGCAUGUCGGCCGCUCAGUUUUGGCAAAGCGCGUCCACAUCAAUAAUGCAGAAUGCUAUGCCAUAGCAUAUCUCAUGUAAUACAGUAGCGUAACUCUCGAUAGUAUGAGAAGCUCCCACGAAACUUCACAUAAGUUUUAUUAGAAAAUGCUCAACCCACGCAUUCCUGAGUGAAAGAAUCAGGGUGCAUCUAUGAAAUUUUUACAUCCAAAUAUUUUAGAACAAAGGUAUUUUAAACCUUCAACAAUGUAUUUUUAUUUCACGCAUUUUUUCCAGUGUGGCCUCCUCGAUCACCCGAUCUAGCGCCUAACGUUUUUUUGAUGUAGAAAGUGUUGCGCUAAUUAAAAUAUUCAAUAAUUGAUGACUUUUUGACAUUAAUUCUUACACGAGUUUUCAAGUA